CCCACGAUCGAGAAGGAUCGAGGCGAGCUCGUUAAGUCCCGUUACUCCCGAUCGUCGACCGGCUCGAAUAUUAUAAAAGCAGGGACUAUUGUCGAUCCAAGGACAGUUGUUCGCGAUGGAGAGGACCGGUCGAUCACAUAAUGCACGCUUCAUCGCGUUUUCCUUUCUUUUUGUCGUUGCCCUGGUUGCCGAGGCGGCGGCGGUGGUCGAUCGUCAGAAACGAGAAUUCGUGAUCCCCGACUGGAUCGAGAUCGUGGACGAGCCUGCCCCGGAAAACUCGAAGACGAUUCAAAGAGCGGUCAGAGUGAGGGAUGCCAAAGUAACUUACGAUGGUGCUCAAGUUUGGAGGGUGGAAGGGCACAAGGACAUAGUGUCGAACGUCACCAUGGACUUCCAGGAAGCUGGAUUACUGUCAUUAUGGGCCGGCAACGACACAGCAGUAGACGUAAUGAUACGUUCAGAAGAAAUUUCAAGAGUGUCUCGCUACUUGAAAGAAAAAGACUUGAACUAUCGGAUAGUGAUCGAGGAUUUGCAGAAAGCGAUAGACGAGGAAAAUCCAUCGCUUUCCGAGCAAGAGAUGGAGGAACUGCAAGGCCGUAAAGCUCGUUACGCUUGGUGGCAGAGAGUCGCGAUCAGGCCAAGUAAAUAUUCACGUCCUCGUCCUCUUCGUUAUCCUGUAACUAGCGUGCACGGUGUCGGUGGCUCUUGGCAAUUUAGGGGUCAUCGAAUGGAAUGGACCAGUUAUCACCGACUCGAGGACAUUCACGGAUACCUCGAUUACCUGGCUGAUACUUUCCCCGACGUUUGCUCUGUCGUCACCAUCGGUCAUUCCGUCGAAGGAAGACCUCUCAAGGUUAUAAGAAUAAGCAACGGAAAAUCAAAUUCCCCGGCAUUGUGGAUCGACGGAGGUAUUCACGCUCGAGAAUGGAUUUCCCCAGCCUCGGUCACUUACAUUAUCAAUCACUUGGUUGAAAAUAGCGAGACGCUCGAGGCCGAUUAUUAUAUUCUCCCCGUUGUGAAUCCUGAUGGGUACGAGUACACGUUUACGAAAGACCGUUUAUGGAGAAAGAACAGGAAACGUUCGGUGGGCAGUCUGUGCACCGGUGUCGAUCUUAACCGGAACUUCGGCUAUCGAUGGGGUGGCCUGGGAACAAGCAAAGAUCCUUGUCGGGAAAUUUACGCGGGGUCAGGCCCGUUCUCCGAACCGGAAACCAACGCCAUUCGAUAUUUCUUCGAAGCCAGUUCCGCCAAUUUUAAAGCAUAUCUGACGUUCCAUAGUUACGGCCAAUACGUCUUGUACCCUUGGGGCUACGACAAACGGGUGCCGCCUGAUUACGCGGAUCUCGACAGCGUUGGCAAGCAAGUGUCUACGGCGAUGAGGAAGGCGGACGAGGCGAGAAGCGCUUACACGGUUGGAAACAGCGCCACGACGCUGUACGCGGCUUCCGGUGGCUCCGACGACUGGGCGAAGGCCAUCCUGAAGAUGAAAUAUACGUACACGAUCGAAUUAAGGGAUACCGGAAAGUACGGUUUCGUUCUACCAUCUCGUUACAUUAUCCCAACGGCUAAGGAAGCGUUGGCCGCGGUUAUGGUCGUCACGGAAGCUUGCAAGUCUUUGUAAUUCGUUGAAUC